UUCGAGGCAGUCACACUGGUGGAUGUCGCUGCUGUGAAACGGGGCAGGACAAAACAAUUGACCAAUAGGAACCGAAACCAACACACUGCACUGGCCCCGGGAUCGGAAUGGCUGGAUUCCUGAAGACAAGAAAGCGCAGCCGGGAGGAUGAACUGGCCUGCGAGUCGCCCCUUUCGAAGCGCAUCAACAACCUGAAUCUGAACUACGAGGAUGGGAACAGCAGCAGCAGCAGCAGCUGCAGCAUUCCGCCACUGUCGGGAGGAGGAGCGACUGGUGGAUCCGGCGGGUCCGAUGCAGCCGGAAACGGUGUGGCGGCCGGAUACGAAUACAACCCAGAACUGGGAGCCGAACAAAACCCAUUUUACUACGAGAAGAACAAGAUGCUGUACGACCUGCAUGUCGAGCGCAUCAAGCGGAGCAGCCAGUAGCUAGUGAUCAUGGAUUCCGGUGUGCGAGUCCAAGUCCUGGCACAGCCAUUUAAGUGCCAACACGAGUUAUCUGCAGCAACACUCUCUCUAGGUUCAAAGUAAUUCGCCUCCGUUCAGUCUUCUCUGCGCACGGAUUCGGAUAUCCGUGUCUGGAGUCACUUGCGUUUGUGUGAUAAGCAUUGUUUACUUGCAUGGCAUUAGCAUCACCCCUGAUGCAUACACAUAAUAAUAGUAGUAUAAAUUGAGCUAAGAGUCCCCCAAACACGCACAUGAAUAUAUAUAAACUAUGUUCAUCGGUUACCAUCCCUUCAAUAUGUAUUUAUAAUCCUGCAUGUAUAAUUUAUUCUAAGAAUAAUGUAAGAAAACCUCCAUAUCUUUAUAUUUUCCUAUUUCGAUGAAAUACGAUAUCCAGGGGGGUACAAGUUCAUUGCUGAGUCGGUGGAGAUGGAAAAUAAGCUACAGGGACCUGAUAAAACGAAAGCUGGACUUAUUCAUUGUUUAUAUACGCAUCUGCUGACAUGGUCAUUUUGCUUAUUCCGAGAAUUUAAGCAUGGACCUGCAAUACAAGAAUACGUCCAAUAAACAUUUAC